GACCUUCCUCGCGACCUGCGUUCCCGUAACCCGGAAGUGCGCUGCCCCUCUCCAAGAUGGCGCCGGUGACACGUCAAGGGGGGCGGAGGUGAGACCAAGGCGGCCGGUUCCGGGGGAGAGAGGCGGCAGCGGAGAUGGCGGGGGUUGAGGCGGCGGCGCUGGACGCCCUGAAGCGGGGCGGCCCCGGAGCGGCCGAGGGGCUCUUCGAGGCUCACACGGCGGCGGAGCUGAGGGCCGUGGAGCGGCGACUGCGCGCGGGCAUCGAGGGGAAGCGCGAGGAGGUCCGGCAGAUGGUCGGGGAGCGCUACCGGGACCUCAUCUUGGCGGCCGACACCAUCGCCGAGAUGCGGCUCAGCGCCGAGCGCCUUCUCGAAGCUGUGCGGGGGCUGCAACAGCGCCGCGCGCGGGGGAAAGCCGGGACUGCCGCCGCCAGCGCUCACGACCGCCGCCGUGGCGCAGGGACGCAGCAGACAGUACAACACUCGCAAGAAAAGUUUUACUGCUUGGCAGCACAGAUCCAACUGCUGCUGCAGAUCCCUGAGAAAAUCUGGAGUGCUAUGGAAUCCUCUCAGUACUUACAAGCUACACAGUUGUACCUGCUAUGCUGCCACCUUCAUGGCCUCCUGCAGUUAGAUUCUUCUGGCACCCGCUACAGUCCCAUCCUGGCACGUUUCCCUAUUCUUGUGCGACAAGUAGCAGCAGCUAGCCAUUUCCGGUCAACUAUUCUACAGGAGAGCAAGUCACUGUUGAAAUGUCAGACUGUUUUGGACCAAGCAGUAGCAGAGGCCUUGUGCUCAAUCAUGCUUCUUGAGGAUAGUUCUCCACGCCAGGUUCUUGCAGACUUCUUGCUGGCCAGGAAGUCUGCAAUUCAGCAGCUUCUGAACCAGCCCCAUCAUGAUGCUGGCAUUAAAGCGCAAGUCUGCUUUUUGGUGGAGCUCCUAGCCACCACCCUGUACCAAGCUCAUGCUGUCUUCUACACGCUGUCAGAGGGAACACCUUCGGACCCAUCCCUCCCCUGUGGAUUGCUGUUCUCAACACUGGAGACCAUCACAAGCCAGCACCCAACAAGUAAAGGCAUCACAGUUUUGAAAGAAGAAACCAAGUUGAGCAGCUGCUUCAAAUACUUGCCACCUUCCAUCACAGAAUUCCAGCCAACCCUGAGAACGUUGGCACAUCCCAUUAGCCAGGAUUACCUUAGAGAUACACUUCAGAAAUGGAUUAACAUGUGCAAUGAGGACAUCAGAUCUGGGAUCACAAACCUGCUGGUGUACGUGAAGAGCCUUAAAGGUCUGGCUGGGAUCCGUGAUGCUGUAUGGGACCUGCUCACCAGUGAGUCCAUGAACCAGAACUGGGAGACGGUGUGUCACCGGCUCCUGGACAAGCCCAUCUCUUUGUGGGAAGAUCUCUUGCAGCAGCUCUUCUUGAAUAGAUUACAGACUUUGACCAAGGAAGGAUUUGAUGACAUCUCCAGCAGUUCCAGGGAGCUCCUUGUUCUGACUGUACAGGAGCUUGAAGCUAAAUUUGGCACUUCUACCCACAACAAGCAUAUCCUUUUUGAACAUAGCAUGGCCUCUUUCUUAUGGUCAGAGAGUCCUAAUGACUUACCACCUGAUGCUGCUUGGAUCAGUGUGGCAAAUCGUAGUCCAUUCACCAAAAGUGGGUUGUCCAUGAAGGCUCAGGCCCACAGUCCUAGCGUCCAGAACUUCUGCAGUGCACUGGAUUCCAAGCUGAAGGCCAAGCUAGAUGACCUCCUGUCCUACCUGCCCUCAGACUCCUCUCUGUCUAAGGAGACUCUAAAUGGGCAGUCCAGGAACUCUGCCUUUGACAGAUUUGCUGAUGCAGGCACCGUAGAAGAGUUGUUGCGCAGCCACUGCAUCCACUGUGUGGAUUAUGUACUGGGCUGUGUUAGGGAAGAGCUGCAUCAUGCUCAGGACGUGCUCCAAGGAUGUACGGAUGCUUUGCACAACCCCAAACUCAACACUGUUCUCUUCAUGGCACGGCUCUGUCGAUCACUGGGCGAGUUGUGCCCACACCUGAAGCAGUGCAUUCUGGGUAAAUCGGGUAGCCCAGAGAAUAUGGCCAGAGAGCCCUGGCCUCUGAAGAAGAUGAGCAAAGGGAAAACUCAAGAAGUGAAUCCUGUAAAGGCUAAGUGGCAAGAAUUGAAAGAAAAGCUGCUGCGGGAUAGUCUGUCUGCCUAUCAGAUUUGGAGCACAGCUGUUGCUAAAGUCCUGGUUCAGCACUUCACGCAGUCAUUACUAAAAGAUGAACCUGGGUCUAUUCUGGCAACAGCUACAAACUGGGAAGAGGUUGAAAUUGAGGAGGAGACAGAGACUGGAAGCAGUGUAAAGUCCAGGAUACGCCUACCUGUCCAGCCAUCCUGGUGUGUCCAGUCCUUCCUCUUCAGCUUAUGCCAAGAAAUCAACCAGGUUGGCGGUCACACCCUUUCAAAGGUCACCUUGCAAGAACUAUUGAAGACUUGUAUGACUGAAGUACUAGCUGGCUAUGAAAAACUGUCAGAAGGGAAGCAGGAAAAGAAACAAAGGAUGUUGCCAAUCACCCAGAACAGAGCUUUGCAGCUCCUGUAUGAUCUUCAGUACCUGAAUAUAGUCCUGACAAUUAAGAGUGAAGAUAUUAAAAGCAGCAGAAACAAGCAUGACCCCAGGAUUGAGAGACAGACUGACUUUUUGGAGAGCUUCAUAGAUCCCUUUGACUUGGAUGUCUUUACUCCACACUUGAAUAGCAACCUUAACCGCCUGGUGCAGCGAACCUCUGUUUUGUUUGGCUUACUAACUGGAGCAGAGAACCAGUACACCAGCCGAAGCAGUGCUCUGACCUCCCAGGAGUUACAUAACAUCUUACCUCUAGCAUCUAGUCAGAUUAGGUUUGGACUGUUGCCACUCAGCAUGACAAGCUCUCGCAAGACUAAAUCAGCUCUCAGAAACACUGAACAUAAAGCUCAGUAUGCUGCUGACCAAUAGCCCUUGAAGAAGCCUUAUUUGGGAUUCCAGCUGCUGCUUUUACAAGAUCAGAAGAGACAUUCCGCCCUGGCUCCCUGUUUAGGCAGCUGGCAUCGGAGGAAGAAGAUGUAUCAGCACCUUCCUUGUUUAAACUUGGCUGGCUCUCCAGUAUGACUAAGUGAUUCAAUAAAGUGAACUAUUGUA